CAAUGAGAUGCCCGGUUGAUAGUACUCCGGGGAUCCACCCGAGGCCGUUGAAUGGAUAGCCGAUGACCCCGGAGUAGGGUGUGCCUGCCCUGUGAUUGGACCGUGGCUGAGUAAUGCACGUCUGCAAAGUGCUGGAGAGAUGACUUCAUCACAAGCCAAUAAUUCAUGCCACUGCCGAACAGCUGUUCAGGCCCGCUAGCGUGUCUUUGUCAAAGUACCCUGGGACAGUCCCAGACACCCGCGAUAAUGCGACGCGGGGGCCAAGAUGGGUUCUCCCUCAGCCGGAACUCUCACAUCCCUGCGUGCGUGGAGUGUCGAGCGAGAAAGGCCAAGUGUUCCAAGGAGCGUCCAUCCUGCUAUCAUUGUCGCUCAAUCAAUCAACCAUGUGUCUAUCCGCCCAAGCCAACUCGGACACCCCUGACAAGACAACAUCUUUCGGCCGUGGAAGAUCGCCUCCAGAGUCUAGAGACCGCGAUGGAACGGCUCUUUCCGGACGGCCAGAUGGAAUCUGUCAUCCGAUCUCUGUUAACCGAGUCGCCAGAUAUCGGGUCCUUUGGGGCUAGUCUUGCUCAAGGGAGCAUGGUAGACGCUGCUCCUGGACAUGAUGCAUGGGUGAGCAACCCACUUGCAGCGGACAGCAGUGGACCGGACCCUGGCUCUCUUGGUCAGCUCCCGAUGGAGGUCGAUCUCCCGAUGGAUCUAAGUUAUCUUACAUCUGAUGGAGCCGACCCACUUAGUUGGAUGAGUGAGCCUGGGUCUUCGGUCACAGAUGAAGUUUACAUCCGCGCCUACUUUCACAACUAUCACCCCAUGUAUCCAUUCAUCCACGAGGCAACGUUCGUGUCCCGAUACCAGGGCUCUUACCCUGUCAGCGAGAAGGAGGCCGCAUGGUCCAUCCUGGUGAACAUGGUCCUCGCCAUCGGAGCUUGGUCGAUCGCCGAUAACCAGUCCGACGUUGACAGGAAGUAUUUCGAACGAGCGAAAGACUACCUCAAGAAACUUUCCAUGUUUGAACGCGGCAACAUCACUCUUUUACAGGCACUUCUUCUCCUCAACGUAUAUAACGAGAAGUGCGGAAAUCCCAAAGAAAGCUGGCAUUUCCUGGGUCUUGCUGUGCGGAUGGCCAUCGACCUGGGGCUACACAACGAGCGCACGUACGCAAACUUCAAUCAAAGCCUACUAGAUCAAGAAAUCCAGAGACGGGUAUGGUGGACAGUCUACUGCCUCGACAGCUGCUCCUCCAAGAUCCACGGCCUUCCACUGCUUCUCCCAGAAGACCGUUUGAUAACAGUCCACCCGGUGUCCAACAUUCUUGAUGAGAGUCUGACCCCACAAACGAGCACGCCUCCACCAAAAACAGACGCCCCAACCAUCUACACGGGCCUGAUCCAGCAAUCUAGCUAUCACCGUCUAGCGAACAGCAUCUACCGCCGUCUUCUAUCCACCGAUACCACCACCGCCCAGGAGAUCAAGGCCCUAGAUGACAUGAUCAACACCUGGCACGCCAAAUUCUCCCGCAGCCCAGAGACAUUCGACAGAAGGCUCCUCCCUCAAUGGGCAAUCUUGGCCCGGGACCGCCAGACCCUCUGCGACCAAAGCCUACGUCUUCUGAUCCACCGACCGGCCUUACUCCGGUGGCUUGAUAGAAAGCGUAUCUCAGCCGACCCGACAGCGGGAAACGAGCCGCUUAGUGAACGUCAAUGCCGCGCCAACGCCGUACGCAUGGCCCGCGAUACGAUCCGAAUGGUGACAACUAUGAUUGACGAGGGCCGGUACUCGAAGAUCACCCUCUCUUUUACCCUAUACGCCCUCUUCCACGCGGUCCUCGUCCCCGUCAUCCACCUCCACGCAGACCCCGCCUCACCAGACUCCAUCACCUGGCAGCGAGAUAUCAAGGAGACGGGGGCUAUGCUUUCCAGACUUGCCUUCUGCAACGACGCUCUAUCCAGCCACUUCCUCGUGAUUCUUGAUCGUAUCUGCUCAGGGCCGAUUCGCGACCAGCAACGGCCACUAUCCUCCACCCAUGCUGCGGUGAAACCAGCCGAUCUCCAACCGCCAUCAAACGACAUAUUCGGAAACCACGAGCUAGGACGUCUAGCAGCGCACUCAUCCACAGCACCAGAAGCCGUGACUUUCUCGGAGUGGACGAACACGAAUCAUUGAUGCUGCAUGCCAUGGAUUCUACCUCUGAUGUAAUCUACAACUAUAGCUAAUAGCUAAACAUCUAAAAAUGACACAUCCAACCGUGUCAUGACUUACAUACUCACCUUAGUAUAAAGUACCCAAUUCCCCAAAUACCCACGCAAAGAAUCACCGUUCAUAUCACUAGC